ACACACCCACAUCCUCCUCCACGCUGCCGCUCUUCUUCCUCACUCCUCGGCUGAGCACUGAGAGGACCGCAGCGGGCAGUCCCGCUCCGUCUGGAUACUGUAAAGCAGCAGCUGCACAAGUUGCGCCUCGCAGGUUUUUUUACUUUUUUCCCCCGUCCACCCCAACACAAUGAAUCCGAAUCGACCAUAACAGCCGCGCUGUUCCGCUUGAUCCCAGUCUGUGUUGGAGAAAGUCGACAUCACGCCGUCCGGGAGGAGUUGGGAGGACUGUUUUAGAGAGAAAAGGAGAUCACAGAGGAGGAGGAGGAGGACAAGACAUGAGUCUGGUUGAAGUGAGGCGAGCGGCCGGGGCCCUGACCCUGCCCCUGUCCGGCAGUGACUCCAAGGAGCAGCACUUGGACGGCGUGGGCGACAGCGACCCAGAGUCGCAGCGCAACCGGACCCUGUCGCCGGAUCUGAGGCAGGACUUCAACAUGAUGGAGCAGAAGAAGAGGGUCACCCAGAUCCUGCAGAGUCCAGUGUUCAAAGAUGAGCUGGAGGGCCUGAUUCAGGACCAGCUGACGAAGGGCAACAACCCCUCUGGUCUUCUGGCUCUCAGGCAAAUUGCUGACCUGGUCAUGGCCAGCACCGUGGGAGGAGCUGGCCCUUUGACUUCACCCAUCAGCUUUGGGAUGGUGCCUCCAGUAAACGACCUGUACAGCAUAGAGUCUCCGUCCUUUGCCAAAGGAGAGAAGCAGAGCCGCUGCAAACUGGCCACCCUCUACAGGCUUGUCGAUCUCUUCAGCUGGGCUCGUUUUACAAGCUCCUACAUAACUGUGCGUGUCAGCAAAGAGCAGGACCAUGUUCUCAUCAGUCCACGAGGCCUGUCAUUCGCUGAGGUGACAGCAGCAAAUUUGGUAAAAGUGAACAUAGUGGGUGAUGUUGUGGACCAGGGUUCCACUGACCUGGGCCCUGACCAUUUUGGAUUCGCUCCUCAUGCUGCCAUUUACUCGAUGCGCCCCGAUGUGAAAUGCAUCAUCCAUAUACACACCUCAGCUACAGCUGCUGUGUCCUCGAUGAAAUGUGGAAUCCUGCCCAUUUCCCAGGAGGCUUUGCUGCUGGGAGACGUGAGCUGCUUCGGUUACCAUGGCUGCCUGGAUAAUAAAGAGGAGAAGGUGGAGUUUCAGAAAGCGCUGGGCCCGACUGCCAAGGUGAUGCUUCUGAGAAACCACGGGCUGCUCGCCUUGGGAGAAACAGUGGAAGAAGCUUUUCAUUACGUGUACCAUUCACAGCAAGCCUGUGAAAUCCAGGUGAAUUCUCUGAGGUGUUCAGGCACCGUGGACGACCUUGUCCUUCUGGACAGGGACAAGUUUAAGCCCCGCACCCAGGGAGUGGCUGCCGCCGGGGUCGUCAUUGACAACGAGGUCAAGUGGAAGGUGGGCGAGGCCGAGUUCGAGUCCCUCAUGAGGAUGCUGGACAACCUGGGAUACAGAACAGGCUACUCUUAUCGGAACCCCAUCGUCCGGGAGAAGCCCCGUUCCAAGAACGACGUGGAAAUCCCCGCCACGGUGUCGGCGGUGCCAUCGGACGAUAGUGACCCAGGUCUGCGCAGCCCCUUUAAGUUCAUGGCACAGAAACAGCAGAGGGAGAGAACCAGGUGGCUCACCUCGCCUCACAGCUACCUGAAGGUCAACGUUCCUGAACAGUCACCCAGCGGGGAUGUCAGCCCCAGGACCAAAAUCAUGUGGAUGAAGUCGUCACAGCCAGGCAACAGCGUGGGGACCCCGAUAAAAAUUGAGGACCCUAACCAGUUUGUCCCACUUAACACAAAUCCCACAGAGGUGUUGGAUAAGAGGAACCGGAUAAAGGAACAACACAGGGGUGAUCAGAUGACUCCAGGACCAAAAUCUCAAUUACUGGCAGGCAUUGUAGUGGACACCAAACCAGGACCAGCUUUUAUCAUUGAAGAUGAGGCGCUCACCCGCACUCUUCCUCCCAACCCUUUCAAUGAUCUCACCGAGAAGGAGCUGGAAGAAUAUAAGAGCCUGGUAGAAAGAAAGCAGCAAGGCCAAGAAGAGGAUGAAGAUGCAACUGAUGCAGAUGAGAUGACCACAUUCGAUGGGUCUACUAUCUCCCUGUCACUUUCUCCGAUAAUGACACCAGCUAAACAAGAUUCAAUACCCAACGGUAAGGACCACUUGUCUGAGCUGGAGGAGGAUCUGAGCAUCGAGGUAUCCAAGCUGAGUGUGAGCACUUCAGAAACUGUGGAAAUCUCCAUAACAACGAGGGAGAAGACGGAGGAGGCCCAGACCCCAGAGAGCCAGACCAAGUCCCCCAAGAAAAAGAAAAACAAGUUCCGCACUCCCUCAUUCCUAAAAAAGAGUAAGAAAAAGAAGGAGGAGAAGGAAAAGACAGAAGCUUGAGUUUUUACAUGAGGGGAAAAGCAUGAAAUGAAAGCCUUAUUUUCGUUGUGUUGAAGGGAAGUCAAAUAAGAGAAACGGUCUGAUAGGAGAGCCUUCUGUAUGUUUCCCCUUAUUCACAGCAAUCUUUCCAAGUUCUUUCAAUAUUUUUUUUAAUUUGUGACUAACCACUGAGAGCUUCAAAUGGAAAAAAUCAGAUCAAGAGUGAAUGCAAAACGACAUUCCUGUACUUACCCAUAUUUAUAAUGGGCUGUCAUCUGUAUCAUAAAGUAGUUCAUACAAUGAAACAUCAAGGUGGAAUCCUUAAACGGUUGUGUUUUUCUUAUUAUUGCACAAGUUGUUGAAUGUAUUCGACAAUCUAGGAUUUUCUAAAACACGUUUAGUUAACAGUAAUAGAAGUAGUUUUAAGAGUGGCUGAAAAGUUUAAAGUUAUAACGAUGUUUAGCCUUAUAAACAGUAUGAUUUCUGUUUGAGCUUUGAAUCUAAUCAUAGUUAUAUUUACAUGUAAUAAUAUAUGUGGGUCUAUGUGACAUCUAUAACAGUAUAGUGUUUGGUAGUAAAUGAUUUGAUAGCCUUUAUAUACUCACACACUAAAACAUGCUGUGAUGAAUGGGACGGUAUCAAUCCAUGUUGUUUCCUACACGUGUUCAGACGUUUGCUGCUUUUACGGUAUUUGGAUGAGGAAUCGAACUGUGACUAAUAGAGAAAACUGAUUAAGCGACUGUUUAUGAAUUUGACUUUUACUAAUAGCUACUUUUUUUUUAUUAUGGGAUGACAAUUAUGUAAGUGCCAAGUGUGAAUUGCAGCAAGUGGAUUUGAGGACUUGGUUUUGUUUGUUAAACUUGUCAGUGAAGGUAUCGGGCUAUAAAGCUUUUCUUGCUCACUUUUGGAGUUUUCCAUGAAGUACAAUGGAGGAUUGUACAUUUUUAACCCAGUCAAUAAUGUGAAUGAUUAGUUUGAACCCAAAGGGAGUGAACUUUUUUGUAAAUAGUUUUGUUUUUGUGCAGUUCCUUUGUUAUGCUGAGCCAAAUGGAAAUGACUCUUUAAAAACGUGACAGAACAAUCUAAUAUCGAUAUUUUAACACUCCCUGAAUCACAAUGCAGUUUUACUUACUUUGAUUAAGCUCCAUAAUUUUUUUGCGUUUACAUUUGUAUUGCUAGUGUGUGCUUGUGUUUCCCCUUUUGUUUACGUUGCUCUUUGUAUUGCCUUAUUUCAGUAUUGGCCUUUUUAAUACUGCCUUCUAGCUGAAUAAAACAUUUCUUCCGUAA